AGGCUGCCUCAUCUGGCACCAAUUAUCCCUGCUGCUGCCGCUGCCGCCGCCGCUGCCGCUGCUUCUGCUGCUAAACUCGGCUGCUGCCUCUGUCUUGGGGACCCCAGCACCUCUCCCCUCAGCCAUGCAGCCUGCUGUCACAGCCUCCCUCUUGGGGCUCCUCCUCCCUGCCUGGACCCUGCUGCCUUUUGCCCAGGGCCAGACCCCCAACUAUACCAGACCUGUGUUCCUGUGUGGAGGGGAUGUGACUGGGGAAUCUGGUUACGUGGCAAGUGAAAGUUUUCCCAACCUCUACCCCCCCAAUAAGGAGUGCAUCUGGACAAUAACGGUCCCUGAAGGCCAGACUGUGUCCCUCUCCUUCCGAGUUUUUGACCUGGAGCUACACCCUGCCUGCCGUUAUGAUGCUCUGGAGGUCUUUGCUGGGUCUGGAACCUCGGGCCAGCGGCUCGGACGCUUCUGUGGGACCUUCCGGCCAGCACCCAUAGUGGCCCCGGGCAACCAAGUGACCCUGAAGAUGACAGCGGAUGAGGGUACAGGAGGACGAGGCUUCCUGCUCUGGUACAGCGGGCGGGCCACCUCGAGCACUGAGCACCAAUUUUGUGGGGGGCGACUGGAAAAGGCCCAGGGAACACUGACCACGCCCAACUGGCCCGAAUCUGAUUACCCCCCGGGUAUCAGCUGUUCCUGGCACAUCAUCGCGCCCCCAAACCAGGUGAUCUCGCUGACCUUUGGGAAGUUUGACGUGGAGCCGGACACCUACUGCCGCUAUGACUCGGUCAGUGUGUUCAAUGGAGCCGUGAGUGACGACGCCAAGAGGCUGGGGAAGUUCUGCGGAGACACCGCCCCGGGUCCCAUCUCCUCCGAAGGAAAUGAGCUCCUCGUCCAGUUCGUCUCGGACCUUAGCGUCACUGCCGAUGGAUUCUCAGCCUCCUACAGGACCCUGCCGCGGGGUGCCGCCAAAGAAGGGCCAGCUCAGAGCCCGGGAGAGGAUGCCCGGCCAGGUCCCCCGCUCCUUGGCCCGGGCCCCAAGCCAGGAACCCCGCCCAAAGUCAAGCCGGAACCCCCACCUGCGGAGAAACCAAAAGCCACGCCUGAGGUCCAGGCAACCCCCGUGGGCCCUAAUGCACCCAGUGUCACCUGCCCAAAACAGUGCCGGCGGACAGGCACCUUGCAGAGCAACUUCUGUACCAGCAAUCUGGUGGUGACGGCAACAGUGAAGUCCAUGGUUCGGGGCCCAGGAGAGGGCCUUACUGUCACUGUCAGUCUCAUUGGUGUUUACAAAACUGGAGGCUUGGACCUGCCCUCUGCACCCACUGAUGCCUCCUUGAAGUUUUACGUGCCUUGCAAGCAGUGUCCCCCCAUGAAGAAAGGAGCCAGUUAUCUGCUGAUGGGCCAGGUGGAAGAGAACAGAGGUCCUAUCCUUCCUCCAGAUAGCUUUGUGGUCCUCUACCGGCCCAGCCAGGAUCAGAUCCUCACCAAUCUCAGCAAGAGGAGGUGCCCCUCUCAGCCUGUUCGGGCUGCUAGGUCCCAGGCCUGAAAUCCAGGCCAGCCUUGGCCAUUGGCCCUAGGGAUCCAUUUUUUAACCAAAUAAAUAUUCCUUGACUGAGGAAGGGAUCACAUAUCCAUUUUUAUGGUUUUGGUGCCCAUCUUGGGGAUUUCUUUUCAUUCAUUCAAUAAACUCAACAGACAUUUA